AUGCCUAAGAAGCUGCAAACACCGCAACAGGCUAUCGAUGAGUUCUGGACCAAGUUCACCACCAAGGCGCCCGGUAAAGCUACUACUGUUAUUCCGCACAAUUCGUAUAUUCGGCGCGCAGAGAAACAUGCCCGCAAGACCGGGAUCACCACUCAGGCAUCAUACGAGGAAGCUGCCGAAGUGUGCAAGGUGAAAGUGGCUAAAAUCGUCAAAGAGUGCCGGCGCGUUAACCAGAAAUAUCGGGACCCUCAUUUCGAUCUCGAAUGGGAUCUCAAAUGGGGUAAGCGUGACACACUCGAAAGUCUACACAACGUGAAGCAGCCGCCGGAGUCCGAUUUCAAGCCCAAGAGUGUAAAGCGGGUGUCCGACAUCUUUGACAACCCACGGUUUUAUAUCGAGGGGCCGACAGCGAACGAUGUCAGACAGGGCAGGGACGGUGACUGCUGGCUUAUGGCCGCACUGUGCACACUCAGCAACAAGUCUGGCUUGAUUGAGCGAUGUUGCGUGGCACGGGACGAGCAGGUGGGUGUCUACGGCUUCGUCUUUCACAGAGAUGGAGAGUGGAUAUCGGAAAUAAUCGACGACAAGCUCUUUCUAACAAAGCCUGAUUUCGAGGAGAGCUUUCUCGAGCGCAUGCUCUGGGAAGACCGGGAACGUGUCGAGUCCGAGGAACAGUAUCGGAAGGCGUACCAGAGUGGCUCCGGUGCGCUAUAUUUUGCACAGUGUGUACACGCGGAUGAGACUUGGUUGCCUCUGCUUGAAAAAGCAUACGCCAAAGCGCAUGGAGAUUAUUCAGCCAUUGAAGGUGGCUUUACUGGCGAAGGCAUCGAGGACCUCACUGGUGGGGUUACAAGCGAGCUAUACUCCAAAGACAUCCUUGACAAGGAACAGUUCUGGAAGGAAGAACUCAUGAAGGUCAAUGACGAAUUCCUCUUUGGCUGUUCAACUGGUAUGUGGGGUAUAGGAUGGGGCGAUCGUAAAGGUAUCGUCGAGUUACAUGCUUAUUCCAUCAUGAAAGCUGUUGAGGUCGACGGUCAACGAUUGCUACUCCUAAAGAACCCUUGGGGUAAGGGCGAGUGGAAGGGGCCAUGGAGUGACGGUUCCAAAGAAUGGACCCCGGAAUGGCUCAUUAAGCUCGACCACCGUUUUGGAGAUGAUGGUGCCUUCUGGAUCUCGUAUGAAGACCUUCUCCGCAAGUAUCAAGCCUUCGACCGCACGCGGCUUUUCGGUCCUGAUUGGAAGGUAACUUCUUUGUGGACUACGCUUUCCAUCCCAUGGUCCCUUGAUUAUCACGAUACACAGUUUGCGUUUUCACUCGCGGAGUCAGGGCCCGUCGUCAUCGUCCUAUCUCAGCUCGAUGAUCGCUAUUAUCGAGGCCUUGAAGGUCAAUACCGCUUUACGCUGAACUUCCGCCUUCACAAGGCAGGGCAGGAGGACUAUGUCGUCCGAAGUAUCAGUCCCUAUUGCCAAAAGCGCGGUGUUAACGUUGAGCUCGAGCUUGCCGCCGGUGAGUACCUGGUCUUGCUCAAGAUCAAUGCAGUGCGCUCCAUGGAUGUGCUGCCUAUAGAGGAGGUAGUACGAAACAAUGCUCGCGGUAGGCGCGACAAACUGGUAGCAGCCGGUAUGUCGUACGACUUAGCUCACAGCAAAGGUAAGAUUGUCGAAAUGGAGGAGGAAAAGGCGGCAAAGGCAGAGGCGGAAAAGAAACAGCAUGAAAAAGAGAAGAAGGAGCUCAAAGACACAUUAAUGGCUGCCAAACGUCGAGAACAUUACUUGGUUGUCAAAGAUCAGAGAAAGAGGCGCGACCGAGAGGCCAAGGCGAAAGCCAAGGCAGAGGUUAAGCAG